AUGUCGGGACUACUAUACACACUGCUCGGUCUCGCAGCGAGCGCGAGUCUUCAUUGUGCGGUCAGACGCGAAAUAAGUCCCUGCACUUGUAGACAGGAAAAGUAUUCACCCCCGACGGGGAUCGUGACAUCCUCCAGCAGUGUCUCCGAGGCCCCGACGAUCGUCCCCCAAGGUGUUGCUGUUUUAACCAGUCUUUCCACUCGCACCGUGGGCGACGGGGGAGGGGGAGGGGGUGGUGGUGGUGGUGACUCUAAUUCUAAUUCUGGUUCUGGUGGUAGUGGUGCUGCUAAGCCUCCCAAGUAUGGGGAGAAAAUCUCGGUUAUGUGUGAAAAAAUGGAGUCCUUUGGACAGGUCGCGGACGCCCUACGCGGCAAAUUCACCCCCGGCCAGCAGAUCGUACUCAAAAUAUCACACUCACAGCUCAAGGAUAUCUCCAGGCACGACUUCAAGGAACUACAGAUGUCUAUUUCGAGACUCGAGCUCAACUAUGAUCACCUGAGUAAUAUAGACGGAGAAGUAUUUGCUGGUUUAAGUAGAACAAUGUAUUUAAAUUUAGCAGACAAUGAAAUCCCAUCGAUACCACGACAUAUAUUGUCGCACUUACCCCUGCUGAUAACACUAGAUCUCAGUAGGAAUCGGAUAACUCGGAUCGAUGUCAAUGACUUCAAGUACAAUCCGUCAUUGCAGCAAUUGUUGUUGGCCGGUAAUCCAAUAACUGAAAUGAUACCUGGAUCGUUACCACCCAGAAUAAAUAAAUUACAUGUUGGAAGAAAUUAUUUACGUACAUUAAAUCGUACACUUUGUGAUCUAAAUCAAUUGGAAUGGUUGUUUAUAAAUUCCAACGAACUAACGUCUCUCGACGGGGAAUUACCCACGUCAGGCCAUAACUUACGCAUGUUACACGCCAUGGAAAAUAAAUUGACUCAUCUACCGCCGGAAUUUCGUCAACUACAUCGGCUAGAAAUGUUAUUCCUUCAGCACAACAAAAUACGUAGCCUAGAUGGUACGCUUCAAAAAGCGUCAAACCUUAAAUACUUGGAGCUAUCUUACAACGAGCUACAAGAACUCACGGCUGAGGACUUUGUCGAGGCCGAGCUCCUGGAGGACCUUGAACUGGGUCACAAUUCCCUAAAGUCGCUCGGAGGCGACACUAACGGUAACGGAGAUGGAAACGGCAGCAAAAGCGCUCUGUGGCCCCUCAGGUCUCUCAAGAGUCUCAAUUUGACGCACAAUGAGCUCACCGAAUUCUCCUUUGUCUCGCUUCGCGGACUCAAGGAACUUCGUCUUAUUGAUCUGUCCAGCAAUCAAAUCGCGCGCGUUUAUCGGGGUCCUAUUGAAAACUUGGUUGACGAAGAUGGAGAAGAAAUACCUGGCGCAAGUAUUCAAGAGCUUCGUUUACAAAACAACAAACUUCAAACUUUGGAAGAUUCAUUGUUUGUUGGAAUGCGAGAAUUGCAAAGAUUAAACUUAAGUCACAAUGCUUUAGGUCCAACAAUUGGCUCACAAAAAUUCCGUGGGCUUGAAAAUUUACGUAAUUUAGAUUUGUCACAUAAUAAACUUACAACUCUUGACGAUAUUUCUGAAGCAAGAUUACCAGCCCUUGAAGAGUUAAUAGCAUCACAUAACAGACUAGUAACCUUAUCAGACCGGGACUUCCGCGGUUUUCCAAUUCUUUGUUCCGCGGACCUAACAAUGAACGCUAUUCGGUCGUUAACCGCGGAAUUAGUCGCGAAUACACGUUGUACAGUCCACGGUGUUCCUGAUAUUCUACGAAUAUAUCUCCAAGACAACCCGGUACUGUGCGACGCAGCAUUAGUGGACCUGACGGUCGCAUUGGAGGUAAAUUACGCAAAAGUGUACGGAACGGCCAAGCAAUGUCCCACAACAGUGGAAACCCCCGUUACCGAGGCGACGUCUUUUGUACCGAUCCAGCCCUCCUCGGAUUUGUUCUACGCCCCAGCGAUCGCCGUUGCCGAUACCUCCGCUAAUAUUUCAUUCGCUGCGACACUCGAGCAAUAA